ACCUUGUGAAUGAUUGAAUGCACCAGGACUUAGUUGAGAGCUGCAGGAGUGGAACUCUAAGUGAGCAGAUUUGUUUGGACGCUUGCUUUGUUUUUCAGUUGUUUUUUCCUGCAUUAAAUUAAUCCGGAGGUAAAUAAGAGUUAAGUACCUGAGCAGACAAGUGAAUGACGGAGAACAGGAGAGUGUUUCCCUCACGGAAUCAGAACUCCUGAAGACAAAAACCGGGAGCUGAAUUACCCGUUUGCCCCCCCUCUCCCCAGGGGGUCACUAGAGUUGGGCUGAAGUUACUCUUCUUUACGACGUCGGAGCUGAUUGAGUUUCUGUUUCCGGUUCUGGAUUUUCACUUUCAACUUCUCAAUACUCAUUCAGAGGAGGGGCGCGAGUAGGAGGUGUGUGUGUGCGUGUGUGUGUGUGUGUGUGUGUGGGAGGGGAUGAACGCCGGGGAGAGCGAGCUGCUGCUUCCCACGCAGCAGAGCAUCCUCCCGUGCGGCGACCACGAGCCGAACUGCCCGGUGGCCCAAGCGGAGACCCUGGCUCUGUCUGCAGCAUCCGCCAACGGCUCGGCGCUGGAUGCGUACCGGCCGGCGGGGCUCCAGUUUCCCGCCUCGGCGGCUUCGACGGUGGCGAUGGUGUCCCGUGCCCCGCACCCUUACCCCACAGUGGACGUGCCCGACCACGCCCACUACACCAUCGGCUCCGUCAUCCUCGCCAUCGGCAUCACCGGCAUCAUCGGCAACGUGUUGGUCAUAUACGCCUUCAGCAAGAGUCGCAGCCUACGGACGCCGGCCAACAUGUUCAUCAUUAACUUGGCGAUCACAGACCUCCUGAUGUGCGUCACCCAGGCGCCCAUCUUCUUCACCACCAGCAUGCACAAGAGGUGGAUCUUUGGAGAGAAAGGCUGCGAGCUGUACGCGUUCUGCGGCGCUCUCUUCGGGAUCUGCUCCAUGAUCACGCUGACGGUGAUCGCCCUCGACCGCUACUUCGUCAUCACGCGACCUCUGACCUCCAUCGGGAUGAUGUCGCGGAGGCGGGCCCUGCUCAUCCUCAUGGGGGCCUGGACCUAUUCCCUCGGCUGGAGCCUGCCGCCGUUCUUCGGCUGGAGCGCCUACGUCCCCGAGGGCCUGCUGACGUCGUGCACGUGGGACUACAUGACCUUUACCCCGUCGGUGCGAGCGUACACCAUGCUGCUCUUCAUCUUCGUCUUCUUCCUGCCGCUCUUUAUCAUCAUCUACUGCUACUUCUUCAUCUUCCGCGCCAUCCGCGUCACCAACCGGGCCGUGGGGAAAAUGAACGGCAGCAUCCACAGUCACGGCAGCGGUCGAGACUCGACGAAGAAUUUCCACCGGCUGCAGAACGAGUGGAAGAUGGCGAAGAUCGCUCUGAUCGUCAUCCUGCUCUACGUCGUCUCCUGGUCGCCGUACUCGGCCGUCGCUCUCACCGCCUUCGCCGGGUACGCAGACAUGUUGACUCCCUACAUGAACUCUGUGCCCGCCGUCAUCGCCAAGGCGUCAGCCAUCCACAACCCCAUCAUCUACGCCAUCACGCACCCAAAAUACAGGAUAGCGCUGGCUAAGUACAUCCCGUUCCUCGGCGUUCUGCUCUGCGUUCCUCCUCGCGAACUCCGCUCGGCCAGCAGCAGCUUCAGGUCGACGCGGCGCUCCACCGUGACCAGCCAGACCUCCGACGUCAGCAGCCAGCAGAGGCGGCAGGGCAGCCGCAACUCCCGCCUCUCCUCCGCCUCCGACAGCGAAUCGUGUCUGACGGACACUGAGGCCGACGGUUCGAGCGUGGGCUCCAGACCCGCCAGCCGCCAGGUGUCCUGUGACAUCGGCAGAGACACCGCCGAGCUCCCCGAAUUCAAACCCUCCUCCAGCUUCAAGUCCAAGAUGAAGAGCCACGACUCGGGCAUCUUUGAAAAAACGUCCUAUGACACUGACAUCUCCAUGGCAGGAGUCAGUGAACGCGGCAGCAUCCCAAACACGGAUUUUGCAGAGGGACGCGAUAGGAGAAGCACGAUUGGUCGAAUCCCGAGCAUCGUCAUCACCUCGGAGACCAGCCCCUUCCUUCCCACCGGGCGCAAUGGUUCUUGCAAUGGCCGCCCAAAGACAGCCAAUAGCAGCCACCCGGGGGCGGGGUCUGGGUAGAGCACCUGCAGCCACGUGACCAGCUCACCUCCACUCUCGUUUACACACGUUUAGAAACGAGCUACAAUAUUAAAAUGAGUCAUUCCAUUUCAGAAGUCGUGCACCUCAAAAUUUAUGUCAAUUUCUUUUGCAUUUAGUUUUUGCUAUAUGAGAGGGACCGAUGAAACCUCACACCCUCCACACAAUGCAAAGGCAUUGUCACGCUCUGCUCACACACAUUCAUUUGGGGAACCGUGCCAAGAUGAAUGAAAAAUAAAUGUGUGAAGCUCCCUUACAUUUGAUUUUAAAAAGUUUUUCCCUCUGCAAAAAAAGGUUAAAUUGUAUUCAGCCGAUUUUUUUUAAUCAAUUUUUUAAUAUUUUAAUUUGUUAAACAAUUUAAUACAGAACUUUUGUGAUCUUAAUUUUGAUAUCUGUGUUGAUGCCAGGUCCUAUGUCACUUAUUCAUUGAUUUAAAAUCACUGCUCUGUAAAUGUCAGGUUUUUACAGUGUUAAAUUGCUCUUUAAAACUACUUUAAAUUAUGGGUUAAAGGAUUAAAAGCCUGGAAUACCUACAUUGUUUUAUUUAAGCCUCUUACCUUUAUAAUACGGAGUCACAGGUGGUUCUUCUGUGGAGUUCGACUCUGUCUAUAGAAAGUACAAAUAGGAGAGCGCACAGUGUUAAGCCAAGCUGUUUUACUUUAAAUUUGACCCAAAGAAAAUCCCAAUCCUGCGCCUGAGCUCUCGUCCCAGAUUGACGGAAAGGCCACGAGCUCUUAAGCAAAAAAAUAAUGGUGUUUCAGGAAAAGUUACUAAUGUGAGACGAGAUGUUUGAGUUUUUUUGCAGCGCACUUUUCAAUUUUUCUACAAAAACUAAAUAAUACUAUCAUUACCAUAUUGUGUUCUUGUUAUUGGUUGUUUUUGAUUUAUUUAUCUGUGUGUUUCACACUUAAUCCUGUACAGUGUUACGUACGAGUUGAGCGUUUCUUUGGUUUCUUUUAGACUGAUGCUACAUGAAACCCCACUUUUAAUUUGAAAAACAAAAGCCUUCUAUUUCCCUCCUCCACUGAACAGAGAUCGUCCAAUCAUCGCGUGGGGCUUAGCUAAUGGUUGAUAUGUCUGUUGUACAGGGGGAAAAGGGUUUGAGUGGAAUUUGGUUUGAUUAUAAUUGCGGUAAAUGGAGCGCAAAAGGGUAAAAUAACCGGAUUCAAACCAGAAACAACCCUGAAAAUUGAGAAAAAGCUUGUUAAAAUUAAAUUUCAUGGAAUGUGACCGUGUAAUAAACUUACAUCACGUCCAAUAGAUCUUUUAGUUAUGAUGGCUACAAUUUCCCUCCUCUUUCCUCACAUUGAAUCAAAUGUUCCUCUUUAUUUCACCAAAACUUAAAAUCUCUGAGGCCUGCAAUUGCACUUUUAUUAAUGAACAAGAUAUAAUAAAUGUUUCCCUGUGGUUCACUUUUUGUUUUCCAUUAUAUUUGUGUGUUUUUUCUAUUGUGUUGUUAAUUGCAUAUUUAAAGUGUGUAUUUUGCUGUUGGACAGUUUUGAGGAAAUGUGAUUGUGAUGCUGUUCGUGUUACGGGGGUGAAAAGGGAAAUCAUUAUAGAUUGUGAAGCAACUUUUGAUAAGCCCAUCUGACUUGUUGGUCUGAGUGAAGUUAUUUGUGUAUUCGUUAAGUCUUUCUAAACAUUUCUAUAGAAUAACACAUGGCAAGUGUAAGUGUUUGUAAUCAAAGUAACCGAACAAUAAACAUAUUAGAUGCUUAAACCAGGCUGUUAAACUAUUUCAUGAUAUAAAGAAGAAAGUACUUAACAGUAUAUUGCGGAAGUUUGAUGCAGUACAUAAUUAAAUGGAGGUGUUUGUCAUCUUAAUUCUGGUUUAAUAAAGUUUCUGGUUCUUGUACUUUUUUCGGAACACAAGGUAAUCUAUUGUAGAUUUGUUUCCUGGUUACUUCGAUGGUGGUUGGUGUUGUUUAUUUUUCUAAAUAAUAAUAAUAAUAAAUAUCUAUGAUUCAUUAUA